AUGGAGGACCUCAUGACUUAUGUUGAUGAUGAUGGAAGUGUUAGGUUGCUACCUGGGUACAAGUUUGAUCCUACUGAUGAGGUUCUUGUGGAAUUCUACCUGAAGAGGAGGGUCUUUGCUCAACCUCUUCCUUUUCACAUCAUCCCAGAUUUUGAUGUGUUUCAAAUUGAGCCUUGGAGCCUCCCAGGAGGAGAUGGAAAGAUUUUCAAUGAACGUAAGUGUUUCUUCUACAAUACUACGGGUCGUGAUCUUGAGAGCAUUGACAUAAGAGUUGCUGGGAGUGGCCAAUGGAGAGUUAUGGAAAAAGACAAAGAUGUUCCUAUCUCCCAAAACAAUCAAGUGAUUGGGAGGAGGAAUACCCUGAAUUUUUGGGAAGUGCAAGGAGUCUAUGCUAGGAGGACUAAAUGGGUGAUGCAUGAGUUCCAUCUUGCGUUAAUUGCUAACCCAACUAAGAUGACAAACUGGGCUAUUUAUCGCAUCUUUAAGAAUAAGGUUAAGGAUGCAAAGAAGGUGAAUAAUGCAAGAGGGUGUAAAGAGGAAAGCUCCAAUGCUAAUACUGCUGAAGUAAUUGAUUUCAAUGCUGAGAGUGGCCUUUCUAGCUAA